GGAAACUUGUUUAGCUGUGCCAGUGAGCCAAUGGAAAUGGAUUUGGAUAUUAUUGACUCACUGGAAGCCCUUGGCUACAAGGGAGUGCAGCACGAGAAGUUAACCCAAUCACUAGAUGAUGGCAUUGGCAGCGAAGAGCUACGUGAAGUCAUUUUCUGGCUUGCCACUGAACUACAUUUGUUGCGAAAAACCGAUGAGCAUGUGGCGUUGAGCAGCAAGGACCACAAGGAUUUUGCAACUGAACUUUCGCUGCUGCUAACUGAGCUGGGAUGCCCCUAUCUGCAGUUUGUGGCUGCGCCUAUGUCGGAGCGCUUUCAUACACGCGAGUCAUUGUUGCAACUCUUGGAGUAUCUGACAUCGGAGCUAAUGGCAACAAGGAUGUCGCUCGAACUGCAAUCCAAGCUGGCGGAGCCACCCAGCAAGAAAUUCAAGACCGAAUCUCAUUUGCAGCAAGCUGUGGAGCAGCUGACCAGUGGCUUGCAGCUGGGUGAGUUGCCCAAAAACAUGAACAGCAAACUUUUCCUUGAGCGCUUGAUGCCACGACUGGAGCAGCGCCUAAAGCAAACCAAUGCAGCAGUGCCCAGCGAGCCGCUGCUUAAGUCCAAAAAGCCACUGACUGAUGGUCAAUGGCGUGAGCUGGAUGCGAUGCAGAAGGACCUGGACGGUGAAUACAAUCUAAGGCGUGAAAUGAUGGUGACGCGUCUGGAGGCAACCGUGCAAAGUUUCCAGUGGUCCGAUGGCAUGAAGCAGCGUCAAAAUGAGAUUGCCGAGCGUUUAAAGCGCAAGUUCCAGGAGCUGGAGCAGCUAAAGAAUGGCGACGACGAUGCCAACAUUGUGGCACUGCUAGCUGCACGCGUAGCCAGCUCGGCGAAUGUGCGCAAGAAUACAGCGUCGAUAAUAGAGAAACAUAUAAUAAGCGAUGUGCCGGAUCGUGGCGGACGCGCCAAUGAGCAUGCGCCUCCGCAACCUGAGAUGCCGGCCUGGCAACAACAGCCUGCUGGCGGACCAGCUGGUGGCGGGCGUGGUGGUAACUUCGGUGGCAACUUCCGCGGCGGCUUUCGUGGUCGCGGUGGAGGCGGCGGACGCGGCGGCCAUCAUCAGGCGCAAAACCAAAGGCCGCCGAAUUACCAAGAGCAACAGCAGUGCGAGCCUGAUCAGCAGUGGUUACAAAGCAGCGGACGACUGCAGGGCAAUGGCUGGAAUCUUCAAGGCGGCGGACGCGGCGGUAGACGAGGCGGACGCGGACGUGGCGACAAUCAGCGUGCUGGCUUUCGUUAAGGCACACACACAACUCUAUAUAUAGCAAUAUCAAUAUAUAUAUAUCGCAAAUCUGAUAAACAGAUUCACUUUGCAUAUUGGCUAAUGUCAAUUUAUCAAAUUGUAAACAUUAGUACUACUAACUAACCUACUAACAUAUUUAGUCUAAAUUGA